GUAAUCCUCUCGCCACUACCUCCUAGCCCCCUCCCAACUGUCUGGUCGUCGCGCGCCAGGCUGAGACCGACCGAGAAUGGUGACCGCAAAAGAUGUGUCCGCAAUUGACUCAGAGAAGAACCACGGGUCCGUGGUCGACGGGGUGCUUGACGAUGAGAAGGAGUUGGCUCGUAUGGGGUACAAGCAGGAGCUGAAGCGCGACCUGACACUACUGCAGAACUUCGGUGUCUCAUUCUCGAUCAUUAGCGUCAUUACCGGCAUCCCUUCCUUGUUCCUGUAUGGGCUGAACACUGGAGGCCCAGCGGUUAUGGUGUGGGGUUUUGUAGUGGUUGCGUUUUUCACUUGCCUGGUCGGUUUGGCUAUGGGUGAGGUAUGUAGCGCACAUCCCACAAGCGGAGGUCCCUACUUUUGGGCAGCGAUGCUCUCCGACCCCAAGCAUGCCGCGUUCGCUUCCUGGAUGACCGGUUGGUUCAACCUCUUAGGACAGGUCGCAGUAACUACCGGUAUAAGUUACGCGGCAGCAAAUUUCAUUUCAACCCUUGCGACCUUCAACACUUCCUUUGUCCCUGAAGCGCGCAUAACUAUCGGCAUCUACGCGGGGGUGCUCAUUUGCCAGGGACUCAUUAACACCUUUGGCGUCCACCUGCUGAAGUAUAUCAAUAACUUUUCCAUCUGGUGGCAUGCCGUCGGGACCACUGCGGUCGUCAUCGCCAUCCUCGCGGCCGCGCCGAAGCACCAGUCGGCCAAGUUCGUCUUCGCGACGUUCAUCGACAACACUGGCGUCGACGGUGUCGGCUGGAGCCAGCGGGCGAGCGACGCAUAUGUCGUCGUUAUCGGAAUCCUUACAGCGCAGUAUACCCUUACAGGGUUCGAUGGCAGCGCGCAUAUGACUGAAGAGACGCAUAACGCAGCCAUGUCCGGCUCUAUAGGCAUCAUCAUGGCCAUCGGCGUUUCCGCCGUCCUUGGGUGGUUCCUUAUGCUCGGCCUGCUCUUCUCCAUCCAGGACCUCGACGGCACCAUCAACUCUGCCACCGGUCAGCCCGUGGCCCAGAUCUUCCUCGAUACGGUCGGCGAGAAGGGGGCGAUCGUUCUCAUGGUGAUCGUGAUUGGUGCAAUGUUCUUCUGCGGGACGUUUUCGGUUACGUCCAACAGUCGUAUGAUGUACGCGUUCUCGCGCGACGGCGCCAUUCCCGGGCAUAAGUUCUUCCACAAGGUCGACGAGAAAACCAAGUCUCCAAUCAGGACCGUUUGGCUCGCUUGCACGCUCAGCUUCAUCCUCGGAUUGCCCAGUCUGGGCAGCUCUGUGGCGUUCUCCGCCGCUACAAGUAUAGCCACCAUCGGGCUGUACAUCUCCUACGGUAUCCCGAUUGCACUGCGCGCAAUCUACGGAAAGCGCUUCAAGCGCGGGCCAUUCCAUCUGGGCCCGUUCUCGUACCCAGUCGCGAUCAUCUCCUGCCUCUGGAUUGUCUUUAUAUCAAUAGCAUUCAUCCUACCGCAGGCGAACCCCGUCGACUCUCAAACACUGAACUACUCCAUCGUCGCCGUGGGCAUCGUUAUAACAUACGCGCUCGGCUACUGGUUGAUCAGCGCGCGAAAGUGGUUCACGGGGCCGAUCAAGCAGAUUUCUGCGAAUGAUAUGGGGGUCGAUUCAAUGGACCCCACGGGCUCCACAGAAGCGGAUACCGUGCAGGUCAAUGUGGACACGAAAUCAUGAGGGCUUUUCGAGCCAAUUAUUGCAUCCCACUAGUAUCUUUUAGAUUAUUUCUUGAGCCACGAAACUCAGGUAUAUGAUGCGUUCUUGACUCCGC